UUUAUUUAUUUAUUUGAGGGAACGGAAGCGGUGAGCUAUCUUGGCCUUUGGCGCUUUCCGUCGUUCGGGCGAUACCAACUCUCUUCCAUACUUCGGAGGGAAAGGGGAAAGAGAGGAUGCGGUUAUGAACGAUUGGCUAUUAUUCCGGUGUAAAGACUUGAUGAGGCUCUUGACGCGCCGAGAAACCGGGGGAAGCGGCUGCCCUUGAGCGUUGGAGGUUGGCGACAGCCGAUGGAAAAGGAAUAGGUUUGGCCUUCAUGAAUAACAUUGCUGGAUUUCAGACUUGGUACUGAAAGUGAAUGGGAUGGUUCUAAGAAUCCUGAGAAUGGAAAAUCCAGCUUGCAUGCAGUAGCACCAAUGAAAAACCUUACAUUACUUUCUUUGAUCUCAGCAAAACAAGACAGUUCUGUUAAAUCCACAUAUGCUCACAGUCAAACUGGAAUUCUUGGCAUCCAAAAUGCAUCAUGCAAAAUCCCACCAACAGUUUGGCCCUUAAAAUUAAAUCUACCUACAACAGUUUUAGAAAAUUGCCUCUAAAGAAACCAUGGACUUUGAAAACAUCUUCUCCACAGAAGGUGUCCCUUCUUGUCAUUGACUAUAACACUCACCAGGCAUUUAUUCUAUUCAGGAAAUCCCUCUGCUGCAAAGUGCAGUUUAUGGAUUUUGUGUCUCUGUUUAUAAAUCGGUUCACACAUUGCCACGUUCUCCAUUCACUUCAUAUAUCGGAUCAAGAUGACUUCAAGCAGUGGACUCGGCAGUCUCCCUACCAGGAAGGAUUUUUUUCUUGAGCAAGUAGCAAGUCUCCAAGGCUUGAACAAACCUAACAUUAAUACUAACGCCCCACAAUGUCCUUGAAACCACGAGUAGUUGAUUUUGAUGAAACAUGGAACAAGCUUCUUACAACAAUUAAAGCUGUUGUUAUGUUGGAUUAUGUUGAAAGAACGACAUGGAAUGACCGCUUCUCGGACAUUUAUGCUUUGUGUGUGGCCUAUCCUGAACCUCUAGGGGAGAGACUUUAUAUGGAAACUAAAAAUUUUUUGGAAAAUCAUGUACGGCAUUUGCACAAGAGAGUCUUGGACUCUGAAGAACAAGUACUGGUAAUGUAUCAUAGAUACUGGGAUGAAUACAGUAAAGGGGCAGACUAUAUGGACUGUUUAUACAGAUACCUCAAUACACAAUUUAUUAAAAAGAACAAAUUGACUGAAGCUGAUCUUCAGUAUGGUUAUGGAGGUGUGGAUAUGAGUGAGCCAUUGAUGGAGAUUGGAGAGCUAGCACUUGAUAUGUGGAGGAGGUUAAUGAUUGAGCCCUUACAGGCAGUCCUCAUUCGAAUGCUCCUCCGUGAAAUCAAAAAAACUGAGCAGCAGUACAAGCUUCAGCCACUUCUGUCAGUCAGCCUUGUUCCAGGUGAUCGUUGUGGAGAAGAUCCAAAUCAGAAAGUAAUCCAUGGGGUUAUUAACUCCUUUGUUCAUGUUGAACAGUAUAAGAAAAAAUUCCCUCUAAAGUUUUAUCAGGAAAUUUUUGAGUGUCCUUUUCUGAAUGAAACAGGGGAGUAUUAUAAACAAGAAGCUUCAAAUUUAAUGCAAGAGUCAAACUGCUCACAGUAUAUGGAAAAGGUUUUAUGUAGAUUAAAAGAUGAAGAAAUGAGAUGUCGAAAAUACCUAAACCCCAGCUCCUAUGGCAAAGUAAUUAAUGAAUGCCAACAACGAAUGGUAGCUGAUCACUUACAGUUCCUUCAUGCAGAAUGCCAUAACAUCAUCCGACAAGAGAAGAGAAAUGACAUGGCAAAUAUGUACACAUUGCUUCAUGCUGUGCCAAGUGGAUUACCUCAUAUGAUUCAGGAACUACAAAAUCAUAUUCAUGAUGAGGGCCUUAGAGCAACCAGCAAUCUUUCUCAGGAAAAUAUGCCCACGCAGUUUGUGGAGUCAGUGUUGGAGGUACACAGUAAAUUUGUUCAGCUCAUCAACACUGUUUUGAAUGGUGACCAGCGAUUUAUGAGUGCCCUUGACAAGGCUCUGACAUCAGUAGUGAACUAUAGGGAACCAAAGUCUAUCUGCAAAGCUCCUGAGCUGCUGGCCAAGUAUUGUGACAACUUACUAAAAAAAUCGGCAAAAGGCAUGACAGAAAAUGAAGUGGAAGACAAACUUACUAGCUUCAUUACUGUUUUCAAGUACAUUGACGAUAAAGAUGUUUUCCAAAAGUUCUAUGCCAGAAUGCUGGCAAAACGACUUAUACAUGGUUUGUCUAUGUCCAUGGAUUCUGAAGAAGCUAUGAUUAACAAACUGAAGCAAGCCUGUGGUUAUGAGUUUACUAGCAAACUCCAUCGAAUGUAUACAGACAUGAGCGUUAGUGCGGAUCUUAACAACAAAUUCAACAACUUCAUAAAAAAUCAGGACACCGUCGUAGAUUUGGGAAUUAGUUUUCAGAUAUAUGUUCUUCAGGCUGGUGCAUGGCCUUUGACUCAGGCGCCUUCAUCUACAUUUGCAAUUCCUCAGGAACUGGAAAAAAGCGUACAGAUGUUUGAAUUAUUUUACAGUCAGCGUUUCAGUGGGAGGAAACUUACCUGGCUUCAUUAUCUCUGCACAGGUGAAGUUAAAAUGAAUUAUUUGUGCAAACCAUAUGUAGCCAUGGUUACAACAUACCAAAUGGCAGUGCUGCUUGCCUUCAACAAUAGUGAAACUGUCAGUUACAAAGAACUUCAAGACAGUACACAGAUGAACGAGAAAGAAUUGACAAAAACUAUCAAGUCGUUACUUGAUGUCAAAAUGAUCAACCAUGACUCUGACAAGGAAGAUGUAGAAGCAGAGUCUACUUUUUCAUUAAAUAUGAACUUCAGCAGUAAACGAACAAAAUUUAAAAUCACUACAUCAAUGCAAAAAGAUACACCACAGGAAAUGGAGCAAACUAGAAGUGCUGUAGAUGAAGAUAGGAAAAUGUACCUUCAAGCUGCUAUAGUUCGUAUUAUGAAAGCACGAAAGCUGCUGCGACACAAUGCUCUGAUUCAGGAGGUAAUUAGCCAAUCAAGAGCUAGGUUUAAUCCAAGUAUCAGCAUGAUUAAGAAGUGUAUUGAAGUUCUGAUAGACAAACAAUACAUUGAACGGAGCCAGGCCUCAGCAGAUGAGUACAGCUAUGUAGCAUGAAGUUAAUAUCCUGCAGGUAUGGUUGUACGGAGAUCAUUGAUGUCACUGCUUGGUGUGUCCUGUGGGGGGAAAAGAGGAGGCCUGUUGUGCCUCCACAAUUGGUCACUUUGGCAGCCCCUGUUUUUUCUGCUGUUUACAACAUCACCAGUGCCACGUCAUGAGCGUCAAUGAAAAGAAAUAAACAAGCCUAUAGAUAUUCCAAGCUCAUGUCAUUAUGACAUUUCUUAAAACUUUACUAAAAGAGAAUGAGUGGAGUCUUGCUGAAAUGUGGAAAUUUGGUUGGAUAUCAUGCUUCCCCCCCUUCCACCCCCUCCAUACUCCCACGUUUGCAGUUGAUGUUUUUUAAUGUAUCUUAAAAGACAAAGUUAAAACAGACUAAAUAUUGUAAUAUGGCAGAUAACAUAAUAAUUGUAUCUACAUUAAAAUGUACAAAGAACAUGAUACUGCUGCUUGUCAAAUAAAUAAAGAAAUGGAAUAUGUU